AUGAGCUACAUCCCGGGCCUUCCGCCGGGCUUCCGGUUCGACCCAACCGACGACGCCCAGCUAAUUCUCGACCACCUCUGCCCCAAACUCUGCCGCCAACCGAACCGGUUCCACUCAAACAACAACGUGGUGUUCGAAGCCGACCUCUACGACGACGACGAGAGGUGGAAGAACUGGUUCGACCUGACGGGCGAGUCGAGGCUCUACUUCUUCACCCGGCUCAAGAAGAAGAAGAAGGAGAAAGGGAAGCGCGUGGAAAGGAGCUUCGGGCAGAGCGUGUGGAAGUCGCAGAAGGAUGACAAGAUAAAGCUCGUGAUCCCCGGCGAGGAGGAGAUCGAGAUCGGCACGAAAAGGUCCUUCUCGUACAAAGUGAAGGACGGCGGCGGCGGUGGGAGUAGUGGUAAAGAGAGUGAGAGUAACGGGUGGGUGAUGCACGAGUUCAAGAUCAAUGGAGAGUUGGCUAAGUGUCUUGGUGUUUGUGGUGAUGAUUAUGUUGUUUGCUGCGUAAGGAAGAAAGAAGAGGGGAAGAGUAAUGGUGGUGAGUGGCCGGAGAUCGAGCUGAUUGAUGCUUCCUCGUGGACUGCUGCGUAA